AGUCAGAGUCGCCUGGGGUCGGGUCGCAAAGAUGGCGUCCUCCGCCUCGGCUCGGCCUUCGGCCGGAAAGCGAGUGGUGAGUCAGGAUGAACUGCGGCGGUUGAUGAAGGAGAAGCAGCGUCUGAGCACCAACAGGAAACGUAUAGAAUCUCCAUUUGCGAAGUACAACCGUUUGGGGCAGCUGAGUUGUGCCCUGUGUAACACCCCGGUUAAGAGCGAGCUCCUGUGGCAGACUCACGUCCUGGGAAAGCAGCACCGGGAGAAAGUGGCCGAGCUGAAAGGCGCGAAAGAAGCCACCCAGGGGCCGUCUGCCAGCUCAGUGCCUCAGUCCGCCAAGAGGAAGGCGCCGGACGCAGAUAGUCACGAUGCCAAAAGAGCGAAGGCCUCCCAGGUGCCUCACGUACAGCCCUCCACGUCCGCUUUGCUCACCAACGUUGACAAAGCAGGGAAGGAGUGCACUAGAGCGACCCCUGGUAAGGCUUCGGGACUUGGUUUACUCCCUGAUUAUGAAGAUGAGGAGGAGGAGGAGGAGGAGGGAGGAAAAAGACAAGAGGGGGACGCCAGCAAGCAGCCGCCGGACACACCGGGCAAGGAACACUCACUUUCCUCCUCGCGGGAGGCAACAGGUAGUGUGCUGCCAGGCGAUUUCCCGAGUACAAAUCCUCCCAAGGCCCCAUUAAUUCCUCAUUCAGGGUCCAUUGAGAAAGCAGAAAUACAUGAAAAAAUAGUGGAAAGGAAAGAAAACACUGCGGAAGCAUUACCGGAAGGUUUUUUUGACGACCCUGAGAUAGAUGCGAGGGUACGAAAGGUUGAUGCCCCAAAGGAUCAGAUGGACAAAGAGUGGGACGAAUUUCAAAAAGCCAUGAGGCAGGUCAACACUAUUUCCGAAGCCAUAGUUGCUGAAGAGGAUGAGGAGGGACGGUUGGACCGGCAGAUUGGGGAGAUUGACGAGCAGAUAGAGUGUUACCGUCGGGUGGAAAAACUGCGGAAUCGCCAGGAUGAAAUAAAAAAUAAACUUAAAGAAGUCCUGACCAUAAAAGAACUGCAGAAAAAGGAAGAGGAGAAUGUUGACAGCGACGAUGAAGGAGAACUGCAGGAUUUGCUGUCUCAGGAUUGGAGGGUGAAAGGGGCUUUGUUAUAGGGUUUCAAGGACCCAGUAUUUCUAAAACCUUCUGUGAUUGUAUGAAAAGGAUUGUCUCCGUAUGAUGUCGGUUACUCCGUACCUGGAGGUUUGAGAACCUGCCUAGGUUAUUGUGGUACAAUAUGAGCCUGUGAAAACAGCACUUUGGAAAACUGGUGUAAGAUAUUUUUGAGAUAAAGUUGUUUUGAAAUUUUUUAAGUAUUAUAUAUUAAAAUGCCAACUUUUUCACAUAUUUACAGGUUUCAAUGUAUAAUUUUGGGUUGGAAAAUCUGUAAGCUGUAAAUAUUGUACAUAACUAAAUACAUAUUUACUUAAAUAA